GAGCGUCCGAUCUCGUAUUUCUAACCUUUUUGCGGUAUGAGUCGGGAGCGUGCGUUUCUUGUUGCAUUUGCAGCCUUUUCUUCAUACUGUGUUCCUGCAAACGCGUUUGUUAUAAGAUCUAUUGCGGCUCCUGCGCCUGUCUUUGAUCGCCAGCUGAAGGUCAAGGCUAUUGAGCGGCUGAUUCUGAGCAAAUUGGGUUUGCAAGAGCCGCCUGUUGUGAGCGAGGAGCAGAUAAAGAGUGUGGACGCAUCUUCCUUGUUGAAGUACAAACUAGCAUCAGACAUGACGGACAGAAUGAUGGCGGAUAAAGCGAGAAAAACAGAGGCUGAGGACCAAUACUAUAUCUCCAAGAUGAGCACAAUUAGUGUGAAGGAACUAGAAGUCUCAUCGACGUUGUGCAAUUUCAAGCAUCAGAGCAAGUUCUAUGAAAUCGAUAUUGGAGACUUGCCAAGCAACGCUACAGCUGUCACAUCGGCUCGUUUCCAGAUCUACUACGAACCUUCAAAGACGACAACGACCGAGGAGAUUCUCUUGUCUGUCUACCAGUUGACCGAAAGCUGCUGCCUGUCAAAAUACCCGGAUACCAUAUUGCUAGACACGAGAAAGGCGACAUCAGACCACGCUUGCUUUAUUGAAUUUGACAUCACAAAUGCUGUUAAAUCGUGGGCAGCGGAUGGUUCUUCAUACCACGGACUAGAGGUUGAGAUAUCUGCAGGUCAGUGUGCUCAACAGUCUUCUUACCAAGUCGAGUAUUCAUCCCAAUUUUCAAGUUAUGUGACGACUAGCAAGACUGAUGUUGUUGACUACCGACCUGUUCUGUUUGUUUCUUCGUCACAUCCGAUGUCGAGUGAUGCUGGACGUCGUAGACGGCAGUCAAUUGAUUUGGAGUACUGCAACUCUCUCGAUCCCAAUCAGCCUAAUUGCUGUGUACAUGACUUCAGUGUUAAUUUUAAGGAUGACUUAGGCUGGGAUUGGAUUAUACAACCGAAAGAAAUCGCGUCUAACCAAUGCACGGGAGAAUGCCCGGACACGUGGGCACAAGACUCAAGUUAUGCUCAGGUAUUGAGCGAAUACUAUCUUCUCAAUCCAGGCGGAUCUGUUGCACCAUGUUGCUCACCGAGAACGUACUCGGAUUUGGAAAUUUUAUACUUUGAUGGCGUCAAUCCUGGAGCACAGAUGGGAGUAUUGUCCGACAUGAUAGUGACUUCGUGUGAAUGUGCUUGAGUGGAAGUCGAUUCACAAUGGCACACACACACACACACACACACACACACACACACACACACACACACACACACACACGCACACAGACUCAUGGAAUGGACAGCAGGUGCUAUCAUUAUGUAUGUGCAGUAUUUUAAUAUUAGCACUGGACUAUAUGUAACUAGCAUUAUACUUUGACAAAGACUAUACCCCAUAUGUUCAAUGUAUUGAAUACAAAUUUAGUUUUAUCAUUUAAAUAACUGCCAACGUUCUGAAUACUGCAGAACACUGAUAAUCGUGUUAAGAGAGGAUAUAGAGA